AUGAUCCGAGAAGCUUUCCGCGUUUUCGAUCGCGACGGGAACGGCUUUAUUACGGCAGAAGAAUUCCGCUACUUUAUGACGCAUAUGGGCGAACAAUUUAGCGACCAAGAAGUCGACGAAAUUAUAGCCGAAGUUGAUAUCGAUGGUGACGGGCAGGUGCGUCAAACAGCUGUUUUCAUAUACAUUCUUAUGAGCACUGAGUGGAUGGAUGAUGUAUAA